AUGUCUCAAAAUGAUCAACUUCGUAUUCAAUAUAUGGGUAAUACACCAUCCUCAAAUGUUCCAAUAAUGAGUUUAAUAAUAAUUUCAACAAUAAUAAACAUAUUAUUGUAUAAAAUUCUUCCAUCAUCCUUAAGUCCAUUUCUUAAAAGUCAUAUAAUAUCAACAAUUCAUGCAUUUAUUUCUGUUGUGGGUGUUGUGAAUUUUUUUUUUAAAUAUGAAAUUAAUUUUAAACAAAUCAAUCGAAUUCUUGGUGGAGGAAUAUCUGGUACUGGUGAUGAAAUAAUGGUUUAUAGUGUUUGUUAUUCAACAGGUUAUUUAAUCUAUGAUUUAUUUUUAAUGUUUAUUCAUAAAUCAGUUCGAAAUAAUUCAGCUAUAAUUCAUCAUAUCGUUAUUCUCAUAUCAAUUUUACUUGGAUUAUAUAGUAAAGUAGGUCAUUCAUGUCAUUUUUAUUAUCUUGCUGAAGAACUUUCGACAAUUCCAUUAAAUUUAAAAACAAUUUACCGUAAUCAACCACGUUUACAUCAUAUAUUUUCUUUAUUAUUUGUUGCUUCUUUUUUUCUCAGUCGUUUAUUUUAUGGAUCAAUUAUAUUUUUUUAUGCAUUUCGAGCUGCACCACAAUUUCUUAAAAUGGCUUGGAAUUUUCAUGAUAUAACUUCAUUUCUAAUUGCUUUUAUUCAAGCAGUAUUAUGUAUAUUAACACGUUUAUUAAAUAUUUAUUGGGCUUUAUUAAUUUUAAAAAAAAUAUUUUCUAAGAAUUUAUCUGAAAAGAAAAAGAAAAGUUCUUAG